CGAUGGAGCCCCGCCAGUUCGCGAACCUCCGGCCGGUGUCGGCGCGGGGGAACCUCAACCAGACCUCCGCCACCUCCCCCCGCGGCGCCCUCUCCUCCCGCACGCCCUCCUCCCUCUCCUCCAGGACCUCCUUCUCCCCCAGGGACAACCUCAGGAGCAGCCUGAUCCCCCGGAGUACCAACCCGCCCAGGGGCACCAACCUCUCGCCGCGGACCAAUCUCUCGCCCAGGGGUACCACCGGCACGCUCACCCCUGCGCCCGGAGGCUCCCCGAGUUCCACCUCCGCCACCACCACGACCCCUGGGGGAGGUGUGCCCAGGAGCCCCCGUGUGUGGAAGCCCAAGGGACCCCAGCAGACCACCGGGAAGCCCAGCAGAAUCAUCAAGAAAGAGGAGAAGGACCAGAUGCUGAAGAAGCUCACGCCGAUGCAGUACCGCGUCACGCAGGAGAAGAUCACGGAGAGGCCCUACUCCAACAAGUACUACAAACACUGGGAGCGCGGGAUCUACUCGUGCGUGGUGUGCGGGGAGGAACUGUUCCUGUCGCACACCAAGUACGACUCGGGGUCUGGUUGGCCUGCUUUCUAUGACGUCAUCGAUAAUGAAAAGGUCUCCCUCAAGCAGGAUCUGUCUCAUGUUGGUGCUAACUUGCUACUGUUAGUAUGCAACCCAUCACUGGCCCGGACGGAGGUGGGCUGCGCGACCUGCGGUGCUCACAUCGGCCACGUAUUCGACGACGGACCCAAGCCCACAGGAAAGCGCUUCUGCGUCAACUCCAACGCCCUCAGCUUCAUCCCUCAGGGCCCGGUGGACGAAGAGGCCAUCCCGCAGGUGUUGAGGAAGGAGAUUGUGCGCGCCUCGACCACUCCUCGCCCUUCCGAGCCUCUGGUGCACUUAGCCUCGCCCUCGAACUCAUGUGCUCUCGGUGCCCGCAUGUGCUUCCGCGUCUCCAGCAUGGACACCUGCGAAGCCACCACGCCGCAGUCCUGA